UCGGUCUCCACUUCGCAACUUUUCAGGUGUUCUGUGAAGAGGGUCACUUCGGAAUACUGUUCUCACGCGUCGUGAUAUGCCUUCCCGCAAUCCGGGAGAGAGUGUGGUUGAAGGGGAGGCAGAACAAGACGAGGAACGAGGCAACUGAGGACAGCAACCACGAAUCCACGCACUGGCUCAGCGCGUAAUGGAGAUGACUGCCCGCAACCUGCACUCCGACUCUAAAGUGGACGGCAGAAACUGCGACGGACUUCGGAAUGGUGGCGACACUACAGAGAUUACAGUUCCGUUGUCGCCCACAGGGAAACGAUUGAGUCCGAUUGAGGGAAACAACCUUUACAGACUACGAGACAGAAAGUUUUUACUGGAGGAGAAAAAACGCUUGUGUGCGUGGGCACUGGGGACAGCUGUGUUAGGGAUUCUGCUGAUGAUAUUACACGCUGAACUGUGUCCUGUCGUUUAUCAGCCGGGAUCCAUCUAUGCCCUGUCCAUCAACGGUCUGAUCAGCCUGUCCACUGGAUGCCUACUCAUUCUCAUCCUGGCCUUUCACUAUAAGGAUAUCAGACUCUUUAUCAUAGAUCAUAACCAGGUGGACUGGCGUAUUGCCAUGACAACCAACCGUGUACUUGGCGUAACACUUGAGAUACUGGUUUGCGCCAUCCACCCAGUAACCACUUACCUGGGGCCGGACGAAGGGGUGGUGACACCAGGCGCCCCUGAGAGGUCUAACGGCAACACGUCCUCGGUACCUCUGUGUUUUUCGUCCAGUCACAGAGAGGCACUGCUGGAUGUAGAGCUGUUACUGUCAUCGCUGAUGUUCCUCAGAUUGUAUCUGGUUCAUAGAACUGUCCUUCUACACAGCAAGGUGCUCUUGAGCGCCUCCUACAGGAGUAUCGGCUCACUCAACAACAUUAACUUCACCUUCCGCUUCGUGCUCAAGGUGCUCAUGAACAAAUACCCGGCACGCACGUUGCUGGUCUUCAUCCUGUUCUUCUGGCUGUCCGCCUCCUGGAUGCUAACCCUGUGUGAGAGGAAGUCUGUUGAAGAGACUGGACGAAUAGACACUGCUCUUUGGCUUGUGGCCAUCACCUUUCUCACUGUGGGUUAUGGAGAUGUGUCUCCGAAAACCAGCUGUGGCAAGAUGGUGUGUCUCUUCACUGGUGUAAUGAUGAGAAAAGGGAAACCUGGAGUGGCAUGCACAGCCAUGCUAGUAGCAGUCAUGACUAAGAAGUUGGCCCUGAACAAAGGGGAGAAGCAUGUGCAUUUCUUCAUGAUGGAUAUCCAGAUUUCCAAACAGAUCCGUCAUGCAGCUGCGAAUGUUUUGAGAGAGUGUUGGCUGCUUCACCGAACAAACCACCUCAAGGGUAACAGCGGAGAACACAGACGCCAUCAGAGAUGUCUUCUUGAGUCUAUCCGUGUAUUUCGCCACCUGAGACUCAAACAGAGGAAACUGCGGGACUAUGCCAGUGAAAUGGUGGACCUUUCAAAGAUGCAGAUGAUCAUGUGUGACCUGAGUGCAAACUGGAACAACUCGUACCGCGAGCUGGAGCAACGGAUCCUCUCCAUGGAGCAGAAGCUGGACGAGCUGAGCCGCAGCUUCCAGAACACCUCCGAGCUGCUAGUUCAGGCCCUGCAUCGACGCAGGCUGGAUCACAGGUCAGCCCCCGGCGGCUUACGCCGUAACCUUCCCUCACUGUCUCCUUGA